UCCUUUCUCCCGUCCCGCCCGGUCGCGCUGCUCCGCGCCCCGCGCAGCUGCCCGCGGGUCUCCGGCCCUGCUCCGCGCUCCGCUCCUCCCCCUUCCCCCCUUUUUUUUUCUUUUUUUUUUUCUCCCCCCCUCCCCUUUCCCCUCUCCCCGUUUUUCUUCUCCUUCCCUCCCCGCGCCCCGUUUGCAUGCAUUGUCUGUCUCCCAAGAUGGUUUGUGAGACCAAGAUCGUGGCGGAAGACCAUGACUCAAUCCCGGGAGCCAAAAAAGACACCAUCAUUGUUUCUUCCUCCCAAAUGUGGCCCACCCUCUCGGGCUCCCCCUCCUCCCCCCCUGCUCCCCUCGGUACCCCCAAGGAAGAACCCAAACGCGACAACGUCUAUAUCCGUGAAUUCCACCCCUCCGAGCAGGAGGUGGUGCGCCGCAUUUUCUACGAAGGUAUCAUGGAGCGGAUCCCCAACACGGCCUUCAGGGGGCUAAAGCAGCAGCCCCUCACCCAGCUGCUCUACGCGCUGAUGGCGGUAAUGUGCUUUGUUGUGACCAAGUCCUUCCUGCUGACCUGCUGCUUGCCCAUCUUUCUGAUGGGCAUGAGGUACUACUUCAGCAGAAAAGUUAUCCUCCACUAUCUCGAUUGCGCGCUGCAUACGGACAUGUCUGAUAUCGAGCAAUAUUACAUGAAACCUCCAGGCUCCUGCUUCUGGGUGGCCGUCCUGGACGGCAACGUGGUGGGGAUCGUGGCAGCGCGGGGCAAUGAGGAGGACAACACGGUGGAGCUGCGCCGCAUGUCUGUCGACUCCAACUACCGUGGCAAGGGGAUUGCCAAGGCCCUGGGCCGCAAGGUGCUGGAGUUUGCCAUGCUCAACAACUACUCCUCCGUCGUACUGGGGACCACAGCCGUGAAGAUGGCGGCCCACAAGCUCUAUGAGUCCUUGGGCUUCAAGCACGUGGGUGUGGUUGAACAUUACGCGCUCCCGGGGAUGACGCACUCCUUGCUGGAGAGAAUGUUCUUCCAGCUUCGCUACCACCGCUACCGCCUGCAGCUCCGUGAAGAAUAAAACCCAACCACCGAGCAAAAAAGCUAUUUUUCUCCUCCCCCCUCCAAAAAAAGAAAAAUAAUAAUAAAUUACCCUUCUCUUUCUUGUCACCGUUUAUUUGCCAAUUUUGUCCCCCCCUUGCUCCCUCAUCUCAUCCUGGCUUGCUCCGUGCAGCCUGGUGGCCCAGCCUUGCGCGCUGGAGGCAGCGGGGCUGGAAGUCAGCAUCCUGCAGCCCGGCCUCCCAGGGACUGACAGAAAGCACAGAACCUUCCCUGCAACAUCUCACUGCCACUCUGGUGCGCCCAGUGUUCUCCUUUUCCAAGUGUAAGAUAACAUAGCGAUGCAUUCAUCAUAGUGCAGAGAAGAUUACUUGAAUGCAGUUUUCAGUAUUUCACGCACCAGUAAGUAUAGAAUAUGCAUUCGUCUUACCGUUAUUUACUGGUUAAUAGUUUCCAAGGAAAAUGUGGGGGGCAGCCCCCGGCCCAACCCGCUUGCUGCAAUGCAUGAAGAGGAAGCGUGUGCACGCACUCCAACACAUUGCACUGCCACCGCGGCACUGAUGUUGCACUUUUUUUGGAUGUGCCUCAUCCUGCCAAAUGUCUGAGAGCCCCUCGGCGUGUCGGAACCACAGCUCCAUCCUCAUCUCCUUCCUAAGCCAGCAACCAGACUCGAUCCAUCUGAACUCUGAGCCCCGAUGUAACAUAGCCGAAGUGAAGAUCAGCCCCAUCUAUCUCCUGCGCUACCGUCGCCGCGCGUGACCUGCAGUCCUGGGCCAGGCUCCGCAUGUGACUUUCUCUUUGCUGCCUUUUGGGGUGGGUGUUCUUUUUGUUUGUUUGUUUGGUUUGGUUUUAUUAUUUUUAAUUUUUGUUGUUGUUCAUUUUUAGUUCUGGCUUUUGCUGAAUGGUGUCAUUGAGGCAUAAUGGAGGCUGCAGUUCCUAUGGUAACACAUUUGCACAUUAAUGUGCGCACCAACUCCGAGCACUUCAGAGAAGCAAUGUGACAGAUAAUAGCAUUUUGGGGAGCUCUGGGGGGUGGGGGGCAUGUACUUAUUAUCUUAACCAGCUGCUUGUUUGAUCCAUGUAGAUGGCCUCACUGCAGCCUGCCAUAAAAGGUAAUUAACCGCUUUAAUGAUGUCAGAUUUGUGAAUUGUACAAUGCAAAAAGCAAUGCAAAGCAGAUCCGGCAUGUGUCUGUACCCAGUAUGUAUGUACAGUGCCUGCCAACUAAGAGUAACCAAGGCUACAGCUUCUCCUAGCCUGAAAUAUCAACUUUUAUAACUUAUUUAAACAAAUAGCAACUUUGCAUGAAUUACGUCUUGGGGGGGGGAGGGGAAAAAAAAGAUGAGUAGAUUUUACUUUUAAAACGUGGUAUCAGAAAUAUAAAGAGAAACACUUCUGGCUGCACUUAAUUUGGGGUGAAUGGAGGGGUUUCAGCUAUGUUAACACAUUCAAAGGGAAAAGCCUUUUCACUUAGUUCCUGGGGGGAAAGAAGUAGUUACUAUUUCACGAAAUAUAACGCGUGUAGGGGGGAAAUGUUCACGAUCAACUCGGUGAGAGGGUAGGGGACGUAUCAACAGCACUGAGAGCUGCGGGAGGGGCGGUGGGGAGGGUGGUGCGGGGGCCCAUCCCUGGGCAGCACCAGGGACAGCCCCUUCCCCAUACGUGUUGGCAGCAAUAAGGGGGGAAGGGGCGGAGGAGGGGUGCUGUAGCACGAGGUUAAUUAACGCCAUUUCUGUAUGGGGCACUCUAUUUUUCAAAGUCUUACUAUGCUGUACAUUUCUCCUGGAGCUGAAAUAAUGUACUGUUGGUUGGGGGGUUUUGUAUAGUGUACAGAAAUGGGCAGAAUAUUUUCUUGCUGCUUUCAGUGAUUUAUUAACCUAAGGAAAAUAGACAACUAUAAAGUGUUAGUGAAAGGGAAAGGAAAAAAGAACACAAAACAGUUUGUGCCUUUUUUAGUUUAUUUUUCUGUUGCUAUAUAAUCACUGCACUAAAGUCUUUCCAGAGGGAAAAAAAAAACAAACAACACACUACUCGUCUCUUAAUAAGGGAGGAAUACGUAAAGCCUAAACUGAGCAUUAGUUUUUUUUUGUUUGUUUGUUUUUUUAAUUGGAGUAUUUAAUUAAAAGAAUGUCGCUGGUUUUAUUUCAUACCUGUGCCUUUGCAAUGAAACCACCGCAUCAUCCUAUCAGAAAAAACAAACCUGGAAUCAAUUGCACCAGAUCCCACAGACACAGAAGUACCAUCAGCCUACCAGGAUUGCUCUUAAGAUGAGCAAACUGAAGCUGGUGAUGGCAGAACCUACUGGUGAUACCUGAUCAGUGCUGGGGAUGUGCUGAAUCCUCGCCACUUGGCCACCAGUUGCCCAGUGAAUUUCGUCCCGUAACACUCUGUGACCUGUGGCUUUUUGGAAGAAAUCCACCCUUUCCUCCCAGUGCCAUCCAUCCUGGGCUGCUGGUUCUGGGAGAGAAGGGCUGGCUGUCAAGCGUGCUGCUCUAUGCUUGCCAAAGAAGAUGCAGAGGGCUCAUGGGUGCGAUACUGCUGAUGCUGCCUUGGCUGGGCUGUUUUUCGCUGGACAGCCCUUAGGUGCCAGUGUGGCAUCCAAGGUGCAGCAGUGGGGAGGAACACCCCCAGUGUGAUGUUUAGGUGCUGACCUGGCAGAUCCGUCGUAUGCUGUGCCCCGCUCAGGGUGCACCCGUUCAAAUGGUGCCAUGUGGAGAAGUCAGAGCCUGCAGCUCUCUGCAUCUGCCCCCAGAAGUGGCCCUGUAGCCCCAGUAGUGAGCUCCUUCCUCUUCCUGCAUGAUGCAGUCCUGCAGCAGGACCAGCCCUGUGUUCUUUUCCCUGGCUCAGGCAUCAUCUUGCUGCUCCCAGUUCAGCAUCAGGGUGGCACAGAGCAACACAGAGCAGUUCUGGGCUUGGUCCUGGCCAGAAGAUCUGGACCCACUGCCUGGAAAUCCUUGAAAACCAGUUGUCAUCUAAUCCCAACAGUGACUCUCAGCAGGGGCUGCUCCUGACUAAUGUCUGCAGUUUCUGCCUAAGCACAUCUAUAGCAGGAGCAAAGGGAAGAGCAGUAUAUCCCUUGUAAAGCUUGGCUUGGAAUUUAGCCUUGCUUGGUGAAUAUGAAAGCUACUGAGACCACUUCAGGGCUAGGCAGAGCAGCUGGAUAACUCCAGAGAUGUCCUCCAGCUGUGCCAGGCACCUGCACUUCGUUGUUCCCAUGGGUUGCAUCUGCUGCCCUUGCAUUGCAUGGCGACACUGUCAUCCCUUUAGCACCAUGGCUGUUCUGCUCAUCCUCACACAGUGGGCUCUGCUCAUGUGUCCUCAGCUCAAAGCCAGCGAUCACCUGGGAGAGCAACUACGGGUGGUGCAGAAGACUCUUCCUUAAAAGAUAGUAGGAAAUUUUGCAUCGUAGUGGCUCAGGAGUUGCCCGAAGAGAUGAGUUCCCUUGGAGAUGAGCAGGGGCACCCUGCACAUCUUGAGCAAACAGCAUCCCAAGCACACGUCGUGUUUGGCAAUAAGGUCUAUGGGGAGCUCAGCCCCUGGAUGCAGACAGGCAGUGAAGAAUGUGGUUUCCAAUAUUACUUGCAACCCCCACACUGCUGUUUGUUGUCAGUUCAUGCCAUGUCCUCCCUUGAGUGAAGGCAGCAGCACGUGUGAGAUGCUUAAGAGUUGUGCAGUGCUCCUGGCCACAGGGAUGGUGCUGCUUCUCCCUUGUGCUGCUGUCACUGCACCAACAGUCAGGGCAGCACCAAAGAGGUCAGUGAGAGUGCCAGGGUGAGAUUCCCCAAGGAAAUCAGGAUUUUAGGAACUCCUGUCAGGAGUGUCCACUGCUCACUGAGUCUUUUUGAUCCUCCAUGCACGGCUGCUGCCUUUUAAUUCGGCACAUUUCCUGGCUGAGGUGCAAAUGGAUAGAGAGUGACUGCAGGGAUCCCAGAGCUGCCAAAUACACGAGGGUAGGAACCAGCUCCGGUUACUUCUGAAUUAACAAUCUAAUUUUAAAUUUGCUGGGAGCCUGCGUUUCAUUAGCACUGGUAUAAUGCUGUUGGUAUGCACUCUAUUUAAAGCUUAAUAAAGGCAUUUUAAUUCCAAGCUAACUGGAGUCUUGCGGUGGAAUGUACUGUACCGCAUAAAGAAAAUGAAUGGAUGCAAGCUAUUAAAUAAGCUUUAACAUGCAAAAGGACCUUUUUUUUUCCUUUUUUUUUUUCUCCCUGAAAAAAAUCCUGAGCAAAAUCCUGAGCAAAAGUGUGCUCUUGCACUCCUCAGUAACAGAGACUAUGCACAGAGAUUAGUUAUCUCCCACUGAAAAGCUACAGCCUGCAAUCUCCUCAUGAGUACCUUUCAUUCAGAAUCAAAAAGGAGCCAGAGAAUCCUUUGAACAAGUUGGUUAGAACACAGUGUGGCUAAAAGCAGGAGCUGUAAGGCAGCUUAAGGAAAGGGACAGAUCUUGAAAUCUGUUCCAGGUUUCAAACUGGAACAGAUUUAGAUUGGCUAUAAGGAAGAAGUUUUUUAUAAUAGUGGUGGUGAGGCACUGGAACAGGUUGCCACGUGUGGGGAAGCCCUGUCCAUCCAAGGUCAGGCUGGAGGGGCUCUGAGCACCUGAUGGAGCUGUAGGUGUCCCUGUUCACUGCAGGGGAGUUGGACAGGGUGGCCUUUAUGGGUUCCUUCCAACUCAAAUGAUUCUAUGAGUCUAUGAUUUGGAGGUGCUGUUAAUUGUGUGCUAGCCAGCUAGAGGAGAGAGCAUGCUUUUAACAUCAGAGUAGCUGGAGAUGGACUUACUGAAACCAAGAGCAUAAAAAAUACCUAAUGCAACUGUAAAUCCAUUUACAAAUAACACAUUUGGAUGCAGAAGCAGCUACUGCUAUGUAAGCGUAAUGAGCAUAUAGCUAACAUAGUUUUCAGUUUCUUUGCCUUCAAAGCUUAGUCUUUUGACUUGUAAUAUGUAUAUUUGCUUUCUUUUUUAAUUAAUAAAAAAACAUUAUUAGGUUUCACAAAGCACCCUUUGCUUUGUGAGUUGUACUUACAAUUGUGCUGGGCCGUUAGCUUUAAGCCAUUUGUUUGUGUGCUUGUGUUAUUUUAUCAAAGCAAAAGUCUUCUUGAGACAAAUGCAGUAAAGGUUACAAAAGAAAUAAUAAUUAUUAAUUUUUUUUUUAAAUAGUGUUAAGCAGAUGUGUGGUAUGCAUUUGGAAAAUGUCCACUGUCAGUUGGGGCUCCAUGGCUCUAUGUGCCCAUGGCGGUGGUGUUGGUUCACGGGGCUGCCUCUGCACCUCCCCUCUGUUGUACGAGACCGAUGUGAAAUUAGUCUUGUGUUCUCUAUGUCCAGCCUCGUAUGUACUGUAUUUGUAACAGGAAGCGGCUACAAGUCCUCAAAGAAAUACGAACCUAUUUUAAAACAGCAAUAAUUACACUGUAGAGCAGGUGGGGGCGGGCAGGCCAGGCCCUACAUGGCCGUGGGGCCUUCUGGCUGGGCUGCGAGUUGCAGGGCCUACACAUCCAGGAUUGGGCUCCAAACGGGUCAGCACCACUAGGCCUUGUGUGGGGUGGGCUGUGUGUGGUGGUUGUAUGGAAAGCUAUUGGAAAUGCCAUUUGUGGUGGGAGAGAGGGAGCCUGUGGGCAGGCGGGAGGCAAACUCAGCACUGUCACACAGAGCAGGGCCAACGUCUCAUAGCCCGGUGUGCUCUGCUCUGCCCUAUCGCAGAACGCAGGAGGAGGGAGCACACAGGAGUCCAUGUGUCCACAUGUCCGUGUGUCCACACGUCUGUGUGUCCGUGACGGGGUGGAGCAGGGAGAGCGAGGCGUAGGCACUCGUGUUGCGUUCCUGAUGGCCGCUGUAACUGUGAAAAUUAACCAGACCUGCUGUGAUAAAUUUGGUUAUAUAAGGUUUAUUUGGUUAAUUUUUUAUAAGUGAAAACUGAAAAGAUGAAAGAGAAUUGUAAUAUGAAAGCAACUGCUGUAAAUAAUGUAUGAAUGAAUAAAAUCUAAAACUUAUGUCAGUUUUUUCCUAAA